ACGGGACCGGGACCGGGACAGCCUCCCUGGGAACGGGAACGGGACAGCCUCCCCGGGAACGGGACGGGGACAGCCUCCUCGGGAACGGGCUGGGGACACGUCCCCGGGAACGGGCUGGGGACACGUCCCCGGGAACGGGCUGGGGACACGUCCCCGGGAACGGGCUCCGUUACCGAACUCACCGCGGGCCGGUCACCGCAGGCUGAGCUGGGGACAGGGGAGAGGUUGGCAUUGCUCAGCAGGUCAUGUCGGUUCUUCCGGAUCUUCACCUGCAUUAUGUGCAGGCUUGUCAAAAUUUGAGCCAGCCUGAAAACCCCUUCAUUGCUCGUGUGCUUCAAGAAGCUGAUAAAAAUGAUGAAAUAAGUACAAAAGGAAUCACAUUAAAAUUAGCUGGAAAUAAUCAUCUGGUGCCUGUGCCAAGAGUUACAGAUGAUGAUCUUGGAGUUCUUGCCUCUGUCUUAGGCCAAGCUGCCUUUGUCACAGGUUUGGAUCUGGCCUAUAAUUUAUUGACUGAUGCUGGAGCAAAGAUCAUGGCAACAUUCCUCCAGGAAAACUCCACUCUGCAGUAUCUGAACCUGAUGUUCAAUAACAUUAGCACAAGUGGGGCAGAGCUGAUAGCAGGAGCACUCCAUAGCAAUCAAAGUCUUAUGCACCUGAGAAUGACUGGAAACAAAAUAGGAAACCAAGGUGGGAUGUUCUUUGCUUCAAUGCUAAAAAAUAACUCAGCCUUAGAGAAGUUGGAUCUUGGAGACUGUGAUGUGGGCCCGCAGUGUCUGACAGCAACAGCCAUAGCCCUGACACAGAACAAAUCACUCAAAGCCAUAAACCUAAAUCGUCCUUUGCUAUCCAGCCAACAGGAAGAGACCACAGUUCAUAUGGCUCGGAUGUUGAGGAGUAACUCUUCUCUUGUGGAACUACAUUUGGGCAAGCAUGAAAUGAAAAACUUCGGUGUAGAACGACUGUGUGAGGCCCUGUAUGAAAACUCCAGCCUGAGAUACCUUGACCUUAGCUGUAAUAACAUCAUUUCUGAUGGUGUGGAAUUUUUGGGAGAGCUGCUAAGAAGGAACAGAAGCCUGGAGAUCCUGGAUCUCGGUGCAAACCGAAUAGAAGAUGUUGGAGCCAUUUGCCUGAGUCAGGCCUUGGCAACGCGGAACAGGACUCUGCAGGCGUUGUCCGUUGUAAGCAACAAUAUAACUGGCCAAGGACUUGUAGCUCUUGCACAGGCAAUGCAUUCCAACAUGGCACUUUCCCAUAUUUACAUCUGGGGGAACAAAAUUGAUAGAAGCACCUGUGUGGCAUUCUCGGAGCUGAUGGCAGUGGGCCGCCUGGAGCUGGGCUGCACAGACGUGGCUCCCUACGAGGUGGACGGGGAGGUUCUCCUGGCAGAGCAGUCCCACGGGCUGGCCAAGCACCGCUACUGGACCCCGCGCUGCGCCGCCGUGGCCCCCGGCGCCGCCAACGCCAGCCUGCAGAUCGUCCCCGUCUCCGAGUAUUUGUGAGCAAGGCCCAUUCCUGGGCACUCCCAGAGCCUGAGCUUUCCCUACCUGCUUUCUAGUAAAAUAGGUUGUAUCAGUAUCACACUUGGUGCACGUUGUUUCUUCGGGGUUUGAGUCUAGGAGGAAUCUACACCUGCUUGAAAUGGCAACAGAGAGAAAAUAUCAAACAAAUUGCCUCCAAAUUUGUUGCUAAAUCAUGCUCCAUCUAUUAAAAGUCUGUAACUAUGGAAAGGUUUGCAGCCAGGCAGAGCACAGUGACAAAAGUAACACCCAGGACUGCUGUUGGGCAGCAGAUCAGGUAUCCUGCAGAGUCAGAUUCCUGCUGAUGUUGAGAGCUUUGGGUAAAUCCAUUUGUUAGCACUGUUCUCCAUGAACUCUUUCCUUUUCCUUAGCAAGUCCAUCCUUUUGAUCUUUUUCCAGUAGUGACAUUUUAAAAAUCAAGGUAAGUGAACUUAAGCAUUAUGCACAGCCAUGCUAGAAUUUAAAGCUGGUGAACCCAGUUUGCUGGGAUAUACAUGGAAUUUUAAUUAAAUGAUAGCAUUUACUUGUUUCUUAUACUACAAAUAGAAACCACCACCAAAUCUUCUGUCAUUUCUUCUCAUCUCAUGAAAAUUGCCUAAAAACAUUUGUAUCAUUGUAGCCCCGUGGCAAUUCCUACACAUGAGUAAGACAACGUAUCCAUGUAAUGGUAAACAUUGUUUAAUGGUUUGUGUAAGUUUAGGAAUCACUCUGCUGGUUUCCUUUUUUCCAUUCACUCUUCUCAUUCCUGCAGAAGUGAUUUAAUUUAUGUUCCUGAACAGGAAAAGUCAACAAACAGGACAGCAGGGGUUUGCUCCAAGCCUUUCAUUAAUGGAAUCCUCUGCCCCUCUAAAUGUGUGUGUUAAAUAUUAGCAUAAAGUACCAGAACGAUCUGUGACUGUAUGUACAAGAGCAAAAGCAUGAGGGGAAGAAUGUAAGAAAGUAAAACUAGCUGGGAAGCAGCAGUGUACCUGCUGCUGUUCUGAGUCUGUAUUAUCACUGUGGUAGAGUAGGAACAGGAAGACAUUUGGACACCUCUUCCCCAGCUGAAAUGACCAGGGCAGAUGUGAGAGCUGGUAUGGAUGGAGGUUUGUUGUCAUUUGGUUUGUUGUUUUUUUUCAUCGCCCUCAUCCCCAAACACAAAUUACUCAGCUCUUGCUGCAAGAGCCCCUGGUAUCCUCCAAGGACUUAGAGCUAAACCCAGAGCAGGAAUGUUUGUUCUGCACACCUGCACAGGGCCCUCCCAGCCUGCAGUCACCGUGCUGAGCACAAAGUCCAUACAUCACCCUGUGAACACCCAGCUCUGUAUUUUAACUCUUGGUCAGCAGGAAAGAUGCAGCAACGAGAGCUGAAAGUUGGGGAUACACCAAACAUGGUGGUUUGAGAAGAAUCUGCUAUGAGCAUUCCUAAAUUUUGAAGUCAUUUGAUAAUCCUGGGUUGGUACUUUUCUGAGUGCUGCUGCUCUGGAUCAUUGCAGGUGACACUCUGAUAGUGUCAGUACUGUCACACUGGUGACAGAAUUUCUUGCUAUAGAUACCACUGCAAGAUUCAGACAGGUAUUUUCUAACAUGUAUCUUUCUUCACCUUGUCAGGUAUAUGAAGUUCAGUCGAAUUUCACUGCUUAAAUUAAAUUUUAAUUUACUUGUAUGAAUGACAUUUGUUAAUCUGAGGCAGUUAACAGGUACCCAACUCUACCAACAGCAACAUUGUGGUUUUAGUGAUGUGGUAAGAUGGCAACAAUAUCACAGUGAAAACAUAUCAGGUAAAAUGGCAUCUAAAGGUGCCUGGUGUAUGUGUGUGAAGUAUUUGCACUCUAUCUGAACCCUUGUUUAACAGCAGCUUGUUCAGCCCAUAAAGCCCUCUUCAUUACUGACAAUAUCCAUAAAAACAGCUCAUGUGUUACAGUUUUCUUUGAUAUUCCUUUGUAAGAAAGGGCUGCAGAGUAACUCCUACCAAAUUCUGUAUAAACAGCUUCCUCUAAACUAAAACAAUUAUUUGUGCAAAACCUUGUAUUGCUUAAAGAAGACCAUGCUAGAGACUUCUAUUUCUUCCUUUCUCUGACCUUGAAAUUCUUAGAUGUACCUUGUGUUGUUUGGAAUAAGAGAAUUUACAUAGGCUA